UUCGCCAGUAUUUAUUUAUCGGGAUCCCUCCCCCGUCCCCAAAGAGAUGGGAGGGUGUAUCGGAUCUCAGAGAGAUAAUGGACCAUCUUCAGGCGAAUCAUCGGACGCUGCAGUUGCUCUUGGACGAAAUCAACCGCUUAAACCAGAAAAACCGAAAUGGAAGAGUGAUGUCCCUUUGACUGAAGGUCAGCUACGAAGUAAGAGAGAUGAAUUCUGGGAUACUGCUCCUGCGUUUGAAGGAAGAAAGGAGAUUUGGGAUGCCCUGAAAGGGGCUGCCUAUGCACUAGAGACAGGGGACCACACCUUAGCUCAAGCUAUUGUUGACGGGGCCAACAUUUCUCUCCCACAUGGUACACUAAUGGAUUGCUAUGAUGAGCUGGGGAACCGGUAUCAGUUACCUGUGUAUGUGCUGAGUGCCCCAACCAAUCUGAUUGAGGAGGCAAGUGAGGGAGAUGUGGAACAUGAUGCUGAGAAUGCCUCACCUGGCCUGGAACUCCCCAUAAAGUUCCGAUUGUCCACCAUCAAUAAAGACCUAAAGCUGUACGUCCGCACCACAGAUACUGUGCUUAAACUUAAAAAUCGAAUCUUUGAUGAGACUGAGGUUGAACCAGCAAGACAAAGAUGGUUUUUCGCAGGACGGAUGUUAAGUGAUAAAUUACGCAUUGAAGAUAUAAAAAUUCCCAAAAGUUACGUGAUUCAAGUCAUAGUGUCUCCAGAAACAGUUAUAUCAGAAGGAAGUUAAUUUUAAAUGGACAUCCUAAAUAUACAAAGAUUCACCCUAAAUCAACAAGGAUGUACUGCCCCAGGAGAGUGUUAUCAAUGAGAAUCUUCGACAAUUUUUUUACUUUUUCUUGAAUAGCUCAUUCACAUACAGCUUUGUUCAACAUAGUAACUGAAACCAUGGUACAAUGUCUGUUUGUUUCAGUUUGGGCUGUAUGUAAACAUAUUUCUACAUCUAAGUGAAUUUGAUGUCACAAGUCAUCUGAGGCUUUCUUAGACACAGGUGUAUUCAAUGAAUUAUCUUCCUGUGUUGAAAUAGAUUAUACACAUAAGGUUUAUUAUACUAACAAGUAUACCACUGGAUUAAUCAUGAUUAUAAUGAAAGUGCGACUUAAUCCUGAUACAGAGUCAGAAUAUUUAACAUCAACCCCUCAGCAGUUUCAGAUGAAAAUAAUCCUUCUCCAGUACAUUGACAUUCUUUCAAAUGGAUAACUUUUGGACCUUUGGUAAUUAUUUUGCAAACUUGUAAAUUUGAACUCUGAUUUGAAGAGAGAAAUUGGUUGAUGUCAUGAUACACAGUGAAACCAGGAUUGAUACUUUUGUGUUGUAUUUCAUUCAAAAUUUUUUGAGCAAGCUUUAGGAAACACAAAGAUACCUGUAUAUAACUCUGAGUCUGUCAAUAUCUAUUAGUCAGUAUUUCUUCGUGUUAAAAGUCACACUACACUCUCACUCGCAUUUAUGGUCAGGGGG